AUGAGAAUUUGCGUCAAGAGUUAUUAUGGCGUCAAUAUUCAAUCACAUUUCGUUUUCGAAUCUGCUGAUUAUCCAUCCUCAUUCGCAGCAUCAGCCAAUUCAAAUAAUCUCUUAUAUCCGUCAAGUGAUGCAUACUUACAAGAUUUAUAUGAAAAUCAGCAACAUUAUCUGCUCGAUGAUGUCUAUACAGGUCCUGUUUUGAUCAAUCCAAAUGUUUUAGCUUAUUUGGUGCCACCGGGUAAUGUUAAUAAUGAUGUAGCAUUACAAAAAUACUGGGGAAAAUUAUAUCAUGAUUUUACAAAAUUUAAUCAACCACUGAGAACAACGCCAAAAAUUAUGCCGUUUCAAAAACGAACAAUUCCAAUUGAAUUUCAAAAACAAUUAUAUGCACAUGGUGUUGUCGGUAGACGACGUUAA